UGGAUUAAUUACUUUAUUUACGUUAUUUCGCCCGUAAAGACAGUCUGACAGUUUGGUUACCAGUCGGAGUAGAUUUUCCUUAAUUUUUCAAUUUAAACAAAUAACAGAUAACUAACAGUUUUUUGUGCUGAAUUGACGCUUACCGGGGGAACAGCCAACGCCAAAACGUCGUCGUGAGAUUAGUGCCAGAACUCGCACUCCGGCUGCUGCCGUCUGCGGCACCAGAUCUUUCGAAUGCGAAAUUAAAACGGUUGCCGACGAACGACAACAAUUUUGGAUGUACCUGAGUCGUCUUGGUCCAAGCCACACCAUUGAUGAAAUUUCUGCGAUGGCUAAAGAGUGCUUAGGGAUGAACGAAACACCUAAAGCCAUUAUGCUGGUAAAAAAAGAUGCAGAUUUGGAGAAGCUGAAUUUCAUCUCCUUUCGGAUUGAGGUGCCAAACGAGCCUAAAGACGUCGCUUUGAAAGCUUCUACCUGGCCCACCGGAGUAUUGGCUCGGGAAUUCGACUUUGACCAGCUGCGACCUAGCAGAUUUCGUCAAUAACUGCACAGUUCAACAGAACGUUUUAAUAAUGGACAGCGGGAGUCAUCAGACUCCCGCCAAAGUUAAGUACCUCCCAUUUUAUGUCCCUGACGAUAGCCAUCGCUCCGCUAUAAAUUUUAGACUUGACGCUCCUUCUUCUUCAUCAACCUGUCGGGUGUCAGCUGUUCCGAAAUCAACUUCUGCCAGCGGACAUGACUCAUCCAUUCACCUAUACUACCAAAACGUAUGCGGUAUGAACUCUACUAUUGACGAUUACAUGCUUGCUUUUUCUGGAGGAUGCUACGACAUCAUCGCGCUUACCGAAACUUGGUUGGACAACCGCACCCAAUCUUCUUACGUGCUUGGGAAUGAAUAUAACGGUUUUCGCUGCGAUCGCGGCCCUCACAAUAGCAGAAAACCGACUGGAGGAGGUGUGCUCAUCGCAGUUCGUCGAAAUCUUAAGGCCCAUCGAAUCGACGACACUACCUGGAGCAAUCUUGAGCAAGUGUGGGUGUCGAUAGAAUUGGCCGAUAGAAAUGUUUCUAUCUGCGUCAUUUAUCUUCCACCUGAUAGAACGCGUGACAAAGAAAUUAUAGAUACCCAUGUUCAAUCGGUCUCAUCAAUCGCCAGUCGAGCAAAACCGUGUGACGAAAUUAUUAUCUUCGGUGAUUUUAACUUUCCAAAUUUAUGCUGGCGCCCAUCACACGACGGCUUUCUUUACCCCGAUCCGGCUUUCCGUUUAAUUCCUGUACUCUAGCAUUGCUUGAUGGCUACUGCACAGCCACCCUUCGGCAAAUCAACGACAAUACUAACGAAAACGAACGUUGUCUCGACCUGUGUUUCGUUAGUUGCCGCGACACCGCUCCCAUAUUAACUUACGCCCCGGCACCUCUAGUUAAAAUCGUACGUCAUCAUCCGGCCCUCACUCUCGCUCUAGAAACUAAAAACAGCAGCGAAUAUCAGCAAGUUUCUUGUCUAAGCCGCUACGAUUUUCGAAAAGCUAAUUACAGUGAGAUGAUUCGAGCACUUGAUAACAUUGAUUGGAGUAUCAUUUCUAAUGAAACCGACGUCGACAUAGCCGUAUCUAAAUUUUCCUCCAUGAUCUCAGGACUUAUCGAACAAUUUGUUCCAAAAAUGGUUUGCAAGAAUUCAAAUAAACUCCCCUGGCAAACCCCGGAGUUGCGUCGAUUAAAAAGGGCUAAAAACGCUGCAUUCAGGAAAUUUUCUAAAUGUCGUACCCUACCCUUACGCGACCACUAUCGCCGGAUUAAUAACUCUUACAAAACACUAAGCCGAAGAUGUUUUUCUGCGCACCGACGGCGUAUGGAAGACAAACUAAAAUCCGAUCCCAAAAAAUUUUGGAACUUCAUCAGUGAACAACGCAAAGAAACAGGAUUACCGUCGAUUAUGGUGUCAGCCAACGAGACUGCUGACAAUGCUGCCGCUAUUUGUAACUUAUUUGCAAACAAAUUUUUUUCAGUAUUCUCCAGUGAAUCACUUACCGCUGAACAAAUUUCGGCAGCCGGAAACAACGUUCCUAUUACAAACAGUUGCAUCGCAUCUAUUUACUUCGACGAAAAUGCAAUUCUUACCGCUGCUCGGAAGCUUAAACACUCGAGCUCUCCUGGGCCCGACGGAAUUUCUGCUACUUUGUUAAAAAACUGUAUUUUACCUCUUCUCGUGCCCCUGUCACAUCUGUUUCGCUUAUCACUGGCGAGUGGUAAUUUUCCAAGCGACUGGAAGCAGGCUUAUAUGUUCCCCGUGCACAAAAAGGGCGACAGGUCGAACGUGGAAAACUACAGAAGGAUAUCAGCUCCUUGUGCUGUAUCGAAAUUGUUUGAGCUGGUCAUCAUACAACCUAUCUUCUCACAUUGUCAGCAAACCAUAUCAGAUGAUCAGCACGGUUUUCUACCAAAACGCUCUACCGCUACAAAUCUACUUUGUUUUACCAGCUACGUGGUCGAGAGCUUCAACGAACGGUCGCAGACUGACGCGAUUUAUACCGAUCUUUCCGCUGCUUUCGAUAAAUUUAUUCAUCGGAUUACUGUCGCAAAAUUGGAACGCUAUGGCUUCAGCGGCAGUCUAUUGAGCUGGAUAGAAUCCUAUUUAUCGGAUCGAACAAUCAGCGUUAAGAUUGGAGACGAGCUCUCCAAUUUCUUCCCUGCAACAUCUGGAGUCGCUCAAGGUAGUCACUUGGGACCACUGAUCUUUCUGCUGUAUUUCAACGACGUUAAUAAUUCGCUACGAGGCCCACGCCUUUCAUUCGCAGACGACCUGAAAUUAUUUUUCAAAAUUGCUAACACCUCAGACGCAUCCUCUCUUCAGCAGCAAUUGAAUUUAUUUGGGAAUUGGUGUGCAAUUAAUCGUAUGACGCUGAACCCCUCCAAAUUCUCGGUUAUAACCUUCACUCGAAAUAAGCCCAACUCGCAUCCGAUACUUUUCGAUUACAGCCUUAACAAUCAAUCGAUUCAACGUGUCGAUGUUGUCAAAGAUCUUGGUGUACUUCUCGAUGUCAAAAUUACCUUCAAGCAACAUGUUUCUUUUAUUAUCGCCAAAGCAUCCAGACAGUUGGGAUUAAUUUUUAGAAUGACACGCGACUUUAGAGACAUAAGUUGUCUGACCGCAUUAUAUUGCUCGCUUGUUCGGUCACAACUCGAAUACUGCUCCACGGUUUGGACACCACACUACAACAACGCUGUUCAACGCCUCGAAAGCAUCCAGCGCCGGUUCGUCCGCUACGCACUUCGCCUCUUGCCAUGGAGACAGCCUAUGUGGAGCACUCCUUAUGAGGAUCGUUGUCAACUUCUCCAUAUUGACACCCUGCAAGUUCGGCGUGAAACUGCUCGUGCUAUGACUGUGUCUAACGUGCUGACAGCACGGAUCGAUUGCCCUGACAUUCUUCGCCAGAUCAAUAUAAAUGCUCCAUCCAGAACCCUGCGGAGAGUACCUGCAAUGCACCUACCUUUUCGUCGUACAAACUACAGCUCCAAUAGUGCAAUCAUUGGCCUUCAACGAGCGUUCAACAAAGUUUCGUCAAUGUUUGAUUUUCAUCUGUCGACUGAAGUGCUUCGUUCUAAAUUUGUUGCUAUGUUUAGACAAUUGUUGUAUUAAUGUUUAGUGUAGUUAACUAGUCACCAUUUGGACAAUAUACGUCUGUUGGUUGAGAGCAAAUAAAUAAAUACAGCAUCAUCAACGUGCACUGCCCGCACGAAGGUAGUUCUGACGACGAGAAGGAAUUGUUCUACGUGCAGUUGGAGGCAACAUACGACGGCUACUCGUCACGGGACAUCAAAAUCGUCAUCAGGGAUAUGAACGCCCAGGUUGGUAGGGAAGCGAUGUAUAGACCGGUGAUAGGGCCUCACAGCCUACACACCGACACGAGCGACAACGGCCAACGAUGCAUCAACUUCGCAGCUUCCCGAGGCCUAGUGAUUAGAAGCACCUUUUUUCCACGCAAAGAUAUCCAUAAAGCCACCUGGAGAUCACCUGACCACCGAACAACAAAUCAAAUUGAACUCGUUCUCAUUGAUGGCCGUUUUUUCUCAAACAUUAUAAACGUACGCUCCCCACGGGGUGCGGAUAUCGACCGAAAACUUUCCACGGUAUUUCACACACGUCAGAACCGUCCUCCUCGACCAAACAUCCUUCAGUUGACCAACCCGCAGGCUGCCGAGGACUACGCGCGCAUGCUCGAUGAGGCACUGCCUCCCACGGAAGGAUUAUGCUUCAACUCUCGACGAUGGGUGGGAGAAGUUACGGUCGGCCAUUGGAGAGGCCGCAACCUCGGCACUAGGUGUGCUAACGUCGAGCCGACAAAAUGACUGGUUUGACGGGAAAUGCCAGCAAGCGAUGAAGAGGAAGAAAAGAGCUUGGAAUAACUAUCUAAGCAUCGCCACAAGAGAGCACGCGGCCAAAUACCGACGAGCUCGAAAUAAGUUAACCAUGAUUCUGAGGAGGAAGAAGUGCCAGCAGGAGGACAGAGAUCGUGUAGAGCUGGAGCAACUGUUUCGGGCUAACGAUACGCGCAAAUUUUUUUGAAGUUGAACCAAUCCCGUGAAGGCUACACACCGAAUCCAGAUAUGUGUAGAGACGCGUAGGGAAACCUGAUCACAAGCGAGCAUGAGGUGGUUGACAGGUGGUAACAGUUCUUCGAUGAGCACCUCAAUAGCGGAGCAACGGAAGGAGGCGGAUAGGAAGUUAUUCUUGGAAUGCCUACAAACGACAGUAGUGUCCCAGUUCUCGAUAUCCUGGAGGUCAGACGGGAAAUUGGGUCACUCAAGAAUAACAGAACCGUCGGAAAGGACAGGCUGCCCGCAGAGCUCUAUAAACUUAGAAAAGAGGCACUAGCAGCGGCACUCCACUGGGUUAUCUCUAGGAUUUGGGAGGAAGAGAGACUACCGGAGGAAUGAAUGAAAGUAGUUCUAUGCCCCAUCUAUAAAUAGGCGAUCGACUACAAUGCAGUAAUCCGACGAGCAGGCAUCGAAACGAGAGACACGAUUUUCAGCAACUCAUAGGCUCCGCAGACGCCCUGGACAUUAUUACGAGAAACUCAGCGACGGCGGAGGUAACCUACGCAAGACUUAAAGUGGAAGCUAGGAGAAUUGGACUAGAAAUAAAUGCGUCGAAAACGGAGGCUCGAAAGAAACCAACAUUCGCCUCCAACGGACGGUGAUUAUGGACGACGACGAACUCGAAGUGGUAGAGGAGUUCGUACACUUGGUAUCACUGGUAACCGCCAACAAUAAUUCAAGUAAGGAGGUCCAACGACGUAUUCAAGCUGGAAAUCGAGCCCAUUUAACCCUUCGCAGGACGCUUCGAUCCAGGAGCAUACGCCGCCGCACGAAGCUGACGAUGUACAAAACCCUAAUCAGACCCGUAGUUCUCUAUAGACUCGAAACCGUGAUGCUGCUCACGGAGGACAUACGUGUACUGUCCGUAUUUGAACGGAAAGUGUUGCGGCCAAUAUUUGGUGGAGUGCAAAUCGAAAGCGGAGAGUGGCGCAGGCGUAUAAACCACGAGCUGCAGGCACUACUUGGAGAGAUUCCCACUGUGCACCUGACGAAGGUCGGGAGGCUGCGAUAGGCCGGUGAUACGUAAAUCUGCCAUUCGCCGCUUUCGAAUUUAUUUGAGCGUUCGUUGUGAGUAUCGUGCGUGACAGGCCACCGCCAUGGAAGCUAUAAGAAGAAAGCUGCCACAAAAUCCCCGUGAAAGUGCCAAUUUUUUGUCGAUACUGACGUUCUGGUGGACUAUAGAUUUGUUUAAGAAAGGAUACACAAAAGUGCUAGAAUUGCAGGAUCUAUUCCGCCCGCUAGAAGUGGACAAAUCGGACGCCCUCGGAGACCGGCUUGAAGAAAAAUGGUUCGCACAGCAGAGCGGCCCAGGUCGACCUCAGCUCAUCAAGGCCAUCUUCAAAACCUUCUGGUGGGAGUACACGAUUCUGGGAAUCAUCACCUUCGUCAACGACAUCGUCAUCCGACUUGCACAACCCAUUUUCCUGGGGUUGCUGCUACAGUAUUUCCGACCAGACUCAACGGUGACUUGGGAAAAUGCGCUAUACUACGCGGCGGCCAUCGUUAUCCUGAACGCACUCAGUGUGGUGACCAUCAAUCAGUAUAUCCUCGGGAGCUUCCAGAACGGCAUGAAAGUACGAAUAGCCGUCUGUAGUGUCAUCUACCGGAAGGCACUGCGCCUAUCUCGGACGGCUCUUGGCGAUACAGCGCCCGGCAAGGUCGUCAAUCUACUUUCGAACGACGUUAACCGAUUUGACAUAGUGUCGGUAUUUCUACACUCGAUGUGGUCCGCUCCGUUGCUGUCCAUCAUCGUUGGCGUCCUACUCUACCUUGAGAUCGGAGUAGCUGGUCUGAUAGGAAUGAUUGUGAUAUUUGUCGUUACCCCUAUCCAAGGAUAUACCGGAAAGUUAACCUCCCGAUUCCGGCUCCAAACAGCGCUGCGAACAGACGAGAGAAUUCGCUUGAUGGAUGAGAUUAUCUCGGGAAUACAGGUUAUCAAGUUGUACGCCUGGGAGAAACCUUUCUCCAAACUGAUUCAGCUGGCACGAAAACUCGAGCUUAAAAUAGUGAAGAAGAGCUCCUAUGUGCGGGGUCUCUAUAUGACGUUUCUCCUGUUCACCACUCGAAUGGCGCUUUUCUGUACGAUGAUGUCGAUUGCGUUGCUAGGCGGAGACUUAACUGCGGCUAAGGUUUUCGUAGUUUCUAUGUAUUUCCACAUUUUGGCUAACACUAUGUCUGCGAUGUUCGUUCGAGGUAUUGCCGAGAUUGCGGAAGCAUUGGUUGCGAUGAAGAGACUGCAACGAUUCCUAGAAUACGAGGAAAAAGAAAGUGAAAUGCUGGGGGCUAAAGAGAAAUUUAUUAAGGAGUUUGAACUAAAUGGUGAUGUUUCGGAGAAGCAAAAGCUGAUCGAAGCGGAAACUCAGCUCCCGUCAAACGUGGCGGUGUCACUGAAAAAUGUAACCGCCAAAUGGGGUGCCGUUAAGCGACAGGAACAGCCGGUCAUUAAAACAGAGGGUAAGAAUGGCUCAUCACCUUUACCCAAGAUUGUCGAAACAAUUAAACAGAUGGAUGAAGAAGAUGAAGCGUGGAGAACGGCAACACUCUCGAAUGUAAGCAUCGAUUUCCGUAAGGGUAUUCUAAUCGGGAUAAUCGGUCCGGUUGGUGCAGGAAAAUCGUCCUUGCUACAGGCAAUUCUCAAAGAGCUACCCAUUGUGUCGGGAUCGAUCGUAACUAAGGGCAAAUGUGUCUACGUCAGCCAGGAACCGUGGGUGUUUGCUGGGACGGUGCGACAAAACAUCCUCUUCGGUCAACCGAUGGAGAAAGAUCGCUAUAACUCGGUUGUUAGUGCGUGUGCUCUUCUGAGAGACUUUGAGCAGUUGCCCGAUGGCGAUAAAACGAUUAUCGGCGAACGAGGAGCGGCGUUGUCUGGUGGACAGAAGGCGAGAAUUAGUUUAGCCCGAGCAGUUUACCGAAGGGCGGACGUAUUUCUGAUGGAUGAUCCGUUGAGUGCGGUCGAUGCACACGUUGGUCGGCAUUUGUUUGACCUUUGCAUUGGUCCCCAGGGGAGGUUGGGCAAAAUGAAAACUACUCGAAUCUUGGUAACGCAUCAAGUGCACUUCCUCAAACAGGCUGACUGGGUGGUCGUGAUGAAUGAGAGUAAAAUAACAAUGCAGGGGACACCGCAUGAUCUUUCUCAGAACGGGAUUGAUUUCGUGGAGCUGCUGGAGAAAAUGGAAGAAGAAUCUAAUGAUGGCGAUAGUUCAAUCAUGACGUCGGAAAAGCGGAGUCGUAGAGGCUCUCGAACUUCCUCGCGCUCGGUAUCUGGUUCCGUUCAAUCGCUGGACGACCUCGCGGAGAACGAACGCGUCGACAAUCAAGAGAAGGAGAAAUCGAAAUCACCCGAUGCCAAUCAAAACAUGGAGCUGAGCUCCAAAGGUACCGUCCAAGGGUCGGUUUUGUUGAAUUAUGUUCGUGCCGGUGCGAAUCCUGUGAUACUAUUUGGACUCCUACUACUGUUCCUGGCUACUCAGCUAGCUGCCAGUGGAGCUGAUCUUUGGGUGUCAUUUUGGACAUCCCAAGAGGAACAGCGAAUAUACCUAAGACAAAACGGAAGUAUUGAACGUAGUAAUUCAUCUAGCAUGGAAGAAUUCUUGGACAAUUUCAGCUCCGACGAUAGAGCUCCGCUGAGCACUGAACUAUGCAUGUAUAUUCACGGAGCACUAACUAUCAGCAUUUUCUUCCUCGCGAUCAUCAGAUCAAUCAGCUUCUACACAACAUCCGUCCGGGCUUCGCAGAAUCUACACGACAGUAUGUUCAAAGGCUGCGUGUCAACGCCGAUGCGGUUCUACGACACCAACCCAUCCGGACGUAUCCUAAAUCGGUUCUCCAAGGAUAUGGGAUCGGUGGACGAGCUGCUGCCGAAGGCAAUCCUCGAUGCGUCGCAAAUCAUACUCAGCAUGAUCGGUACGAUUAUCGUGACGGUGAUCGUGAACCCGAUGUUUUUGAUUCCGCUUGCCUUCCUGGGAGUUAUAUUUAUCUAUCUACGACGAGUCUAUUUGAAGACGUCCAAAAACAUCAAACGGUUGGAAGGAAUUACUCGCUCACCAGUAUUUUCACAUUUGGCUGCGUCCUUGGCUGGCCUACCAACGAUUCGUUCCUUUGGUGCACAGGAAGAACUAAUCCGGGAAUUCGACUCACAUCAGGAUCUUCACACGGCUUCCUUCUACAUGUUCAUCACCAGUAGCACCGCGUUCGGUUUCACUCUGGAUUUGCUGUGUUUAAUUUUUGUGUUUAUUGUGGUGUUUAGUUUUCUGCUCCUCGAAAACAACAUCUUAGGAGAUCGCGUGGGACUCGCCAUAACACAAUCGAUGGCACUGACUGGCAUGAUGCAGUGGGGCAUUCGACAGAGCGCCGAGGUGGCCAACUUUAUGAUGUCCGUCGAACGACUGCUGGAGUAUCGUGAUCUACCAAAAGAAAAGGAGCCGGAGCAGCCUCGUGUAGUGAGCAAAAAUUGGCCGGAAGCUGGUCGAAUUCAGUUUAAGAAUGUCAGCUAUCGCUACUUCGAGGGAGGAGAUACAGUGUUGAAAAAUCUAGAUUUCGAAAUAAACCCCAGAGAGAAGAUUGGUAUUGUUGGCCGAACGGGAGCCGGCAAAUCAUCUCUUAUAGGGGCACUCUUUCGGUUAGCGAAAGUGGAAGGUGAUAUUCUGAUCGAUGGCGUUAACACCAGUGAGAUUGCGUUGGAGACUCUUCGUUCGAAAAUUGCAAUCAUUCCCCAGGAUCCGGUACUGUUCUCCGGAACGCUGCGUCGUAAUUUGGACCCCUUCGAAGAGUAUCCAGAUUCCGAUCUGUGGGAUUCACUGGAACAGGUCGAACUUCGGGACAUUGCAAGCGGUCCGCACGGUCUGCAAAUGGCCGUGGCUGCUGGUGGUUCCAAUUUCAGCGUUGGUCAACGACAGCUGAUCUGUUUGGCGAGAGCCAUUCUUCGGAACAACCGAAUGUUGGUGCUGGAUGAGGCAACCGCCAAUGUGGAUCCAAGCACCGACCGUCUAAUCCAAAAGACAAUCCGCUUCAAGUUUGCCGAUUGCACCGUGCUAACCAUUGCCCAUCGCCUAAAUACGAUAAUGGACUCAGACCGAGUGCUGGUAAUGGAUGCGGGUGAAUCGGUCGAGUUUGGCACUCCGUACGAUCUGCUACAGAUGCCGGUUGGUAUCUUCAAGGAUAUGGUUCUGGCGACCGGACCGGCUGAAUCGGAACGGCUGGUACAGAUUGCUAAGGAUAAGUUUGAUGGAAUUGUGAAAGAGUGAAAACGUCUGGGCGGAUGCACGGUUACGCUGUCCCGAACGGAAGUACAAACAAGUGUCCUUAACAGGCCAUCAAAUUAAGUUGAUGGCAUUCUGCUAUGUUUUCUAUCAAAAUAUCUCUUCAUUAGCGUAAAUCUUUAACUAACAGAAAAAGCGGUAUAACUGCAUUGAAUAGGUUCAAAGUAAAAUAUUAGUUUUCGCGGAAUGAAGUUACUAUCGCUCGAAUUAGAUUGACGGUCGUACUUAGCUUUUUAAUUGCUAAAUCUUAUUAUAAUAUCCACAAGCUACCAAGAAAUUGUUCAUUACUGUAAGUCCCUCGUAAGGGUCCUCAAUCAUUCGCAUGUGAUCAAUAUACACAUAUUAGUUUGUGCCAAA